UUGAGUGGAUGAUUCUAGCUACCAUCAUUGCCAACUGCAUCGUUCUGGCUCUGGAACAACAUUUGCCUGAUGGGGACAAGACGCCGCUGUCUGAGCGCCUGGAUGAUACAGAGCCGUACUUCAUAGGAAUCUUCUGUUUUGAGUCCGGAAUAAAGAUCCUGGCGCUUGGUUUUGCCUUCCACAAAAACUCGUACCUGAGGAACGGGUGGAACGUCAUGGACUUUGUGGUGGUGUGUACAGGGAUCCUGUCCACUGUGGGCUCAGAUUUUGAUCUGCGGACCCUCAGGGCUGUGCGAGUGUUGAGGCCCCUCAAACUGGUGUCCGGUAUUCCCAGCUUACAGGUGGUGCUCAAAUCCAUCAUGAAGGCCAUGAUCCCGCUGCUGCAGAUCGGCCUGCUUCUUUUCUUCGCCAUCCUCAUGUUUGCCAUCAUCGGCCUGGAGUUCUACAUGGGCAAAUUUCACACGACGUGCUUUGACAAUCACACAGGUGACAUCAGAGAAGAGUUCCCAUGUGGGACGGAGGCCCCGGCUCGGCUGUGUCCGGUGGGCACCACGUGUCGACAGUACUGGCUGGGGCCAAACUACGGCAUCACACAGUUCGACAACAUCCUGUUUGCUAUCCUCACCGUCUUCCAGUGUAUCACCAUGGAGGGCUGGACCGAACUGCUCUACUGGAGCAACGAUGCCUCAGGGAGUGCAUGGAACUGGAUGUACUUCAUCCCCCUUAUCAUCAUCGGCUCCUUCUUCAUGCUCAACCUGGUGCUGGGUGUUUUGUCUGGGGAGUUUGCCAAAGAGAGAGAGCGUGUGGAGAACAGGAGCGAGUUCAUGAAGCUCAGGCGACAGCAGCAGAUCGAGAGGGAACUGAACGGAUAUCUGGAGUGGAUCUGCAAAGCUGAGGAGGUCAUUUUGGCGGAUGAUGACAAUGAGAACGAUUACGACGGCUCCCGCAGGAGAGCCACGAAGAACCACAAGAGCAAAGCAGAGCUUCUGAACCCCGAGGAAGGAGAGGGAGACCUGGCAGUCGGCUCGCCGUUCGCUCGUGCCAGCCUGAAGAGCUCCAAGCUGGAAGGAUCGACCUUCAAGCGGAGGGAGCGGCGGCUCCGCUUCUUAAUCCGGCACGUGGUGAAGUCCCAGGCCUUCUACUGGACCGUGCUGUGUUUGGUGGGACUCAACACGAUGUGUGUGGCGUCGGUGCACUACGACCAGCCGGAUCCACUUUCAGAUUUUCUAUAUUUUGCUGAGUUCAUCUUCCUGGGGAUAUUCUUGACGGAGAUGAUGGUGAAGAUGUACGGCCUGGGCAAGCAGGCCUACCUCAACUCCUCCUUCAACUGCUUCGACUGCAUUGUGAUAUGUGGGAGUAUAUUUGAGGUGCUGUGGUCCAUCAUCCAGCCGGGCACAUCGUUUGGCAUCAGUGUGCUCAGAGCUCUCAGGUUAUUGAGGAUCUUCAAAGUGACAAAGUACUGGGCAUCUUUGCGUAACCUCGUCGUCUCUCUGCUCAACUCCAUGAAGUCCAUCAUCAGCUUGCUCUUCCUGCUCUUCCUCUUCAUCGUCGUCUUUGCCCUGUUGGGCAUGCAGCUCUUCGGAGGACAGUUUAAUUUUUUAAAAGGCACUCCUCCGACCAACUUUGAUACCUUCCCGGCAGCAAUAAUGACAGUGUUCCAGAUCCUGACAGGUGAGGACUGGAACAUGGUGAUGUACGACGGCAUCGAAUCUCAGGGCGGAGUCAACAAGGGCAUGGCCUUCUCUGUCUUCUUCAUCGUACUCACACUCUUCGGCAACUACACUCUGCUGAAUGUGUUCUUGGCCAUCGCUGUGGACAAUUUGGCUAAUGCACAGGAGCUGACCAAGGACGAACAGGAGGAAGAGGAGGCUGCCAGUCAGAAGAUCGCCCUGCAGAAGGCCAAGGAGGGGGCCGAAGUCAGCCCGCUGUCCGCUGCAAACCUCUCCAUUGCAGCCAACAAAGUACACAGUGAGUGUCACAACGCUACCGACCCCUUUCUGGACUG